AUGGCUCCCGCAACCCCUGCAACCCACGACCCAGCCCUCUCUCACGCAGCUCACGGCGCACAAGCCUCUCAACCAGCCCAACCACCAGCAGGUCUUCCGACAAACAUCAAUGCCGCCGAUAUCCCACAGUUGGCCCUCAACGGCCUCGACCAGAACCAGAUUCUGACCCUCCUACGCUCGUUGCCUGGCGUCUUUGGCAAGCUCGCAGAACAAGGCGGUAACCCCAAGGAGGAUGCUGCCCAAGCACUAUCCAACCUCGCGCAGACCCCGUUCGGUUCCCAGCACUUGCCAGUCCACUUCCCAACUGGCGCCUCAACUGGUCUUCCCGGCAUCAACGACCCAGGACCCUCGUCGCACCCGCGUGGCCCACCUAACCUCGGACAGUUGAGUGCGGUGGCUAUGCAGGCCGCACCAGUCAACGUCCAGCAAUCGCAGGAGGAGGACAAGCCCGAGCAGCAGAACUUGAGUGCUGCGAGCUCUACGAACGAUGCUGUGACAACAUCUGCCCCAGCAGCAUCAGCGACGACGACAGGCGGCAGGAGAGGUGGGCGAAGUGCGGCGAUGGGCAGUGACGAGUGGAGCAGACAGAGGAAGGACAACCACAAAGAAGUGGAACGUCGCCGCCGCGGAAACAUCAACGAGGGCAUCAACGAGCUCGGGCGAAUCGUACCAUCAGGCUCAGGCGAGAAGGCCAAAGGCGCCAUCCUCGCACGGGCGGUGCAGUACAUCCACCAUCUCAAGGAGAACGAGGCGCGUAAUAUCGAGAAGUGGACGCUCGAGAAGCUGCUUAUGGACCAGGCAAUGGGCGAUUUACAAGCGCAGCUGGAGGAGAUGAAACGUAUGUGGGAGGAGGAGCGCAUGGGCCGCUCCAGGCUCGAGGCUGAGCUUGAGCAGCUCAGAAACAUGGCCGGCAUCGCCGCCUCGCCAAAGGACGACUUAGUGGGAGGCACAAAGCGCAGGAGCACGGACGGACAGGAGAGCGCUGGGAUCGCCGGUGAUGCGGCGAACGUUGGCGACCCGGAGAGGGAUGGAAAGCGACAGAGAACAGAGUGA